ACCGUCGUAUCUGUCUUGCCAAAAUCUUUUAUUGGCCAAAUUUGUCGACUUCGAUUCUUAUUAUUAACUGAAAGUUUUGAUUUCUUCUUGCUUUUUAUGUUGUACUCAUCGACGUGUUCAUUGUGUUUAGAUCAAUUCAUGGGUUAAAGGACUUGGUUUUCCUUUCUGUGCAAAUGGACAGUUUCCCUUUGCCUGUCUUCAACAUCGAGUCAGAAGAUGAAGAAGAUCAUGAAGUUAUUGAAGUUCAGCAAGAUGUCAAAAACCCCAGGCGUGAACACUUGCACAAAUUGUUGAAUGACAGGAGCCUUUCGCUACCAACUCACAACCAAAAUACCAUUCUCAAGAAGCUUGAAGCCAUUGCUGAAGAAAAUCUUUUGAAAAAGGAUCUGAGAGAAACAUGUUGUACUUUGCCAGGGAAUCCAAGAUCUACAUUUCUUAUGGUCUUCAGUCCAGAUGGUUCCAAGGUUGCUUCAUCACAUGGUGAUCACAACAUCAAUGUGACUGACCUAAGGACUAAUAAAUGCAUCUCCACUUUGACUGGACAUCCCCGUACCCCUUGGUGCAUUGCUUUCCAUCCUCAUCGCAAUGACAUUCUGGCAUCAGGAUGCCUUGGAGGGCAAGUUCGUGUUUGGGAUUUGUCUGGUGGGAGUGAAAUGUGGUCAGUGACAGCCACAGAAGUGACCACAGUGAUUGCUUCGCUUUGCUUUCACCCAAGUGAGAGGCUUCUUGUCAUAGCCACCAACAGCACCUUGUAUUUCUGGGAUUGGAAUAUUCCCCAACCCUUUGCCAAAUGUAGUACAGCCAAUGAGAAGCAGAAACUCAGAUAUGUCAGUUUUGACCCUUUGGGUAACUUGUUACUCACUGGAAUAUCCAACACUUUUGGCACAUCUGCCUUUGUGUCCGGUGCAAGUUCGUCUCUCUCAAGUGGUCCUUCGACAUUAGGAGGUCCUGCUCAAGUCCCGAAUCCUAUACCUUACCGACUUGAACGCAAUGAACAAGAACGGGAACGCAACCUUCAAAGUCGUUAUCAGACAUUACUCGACCAGUACGAAAGACUACGAGUUCGUUAUCAGGAACUUCGCCAUCGCGCUGCAGAACUGGAACUUAACGCCUCCGGUUCUAGUCAGAGUACUGGACCUUCAGCAGCAACAACUUCCGUUCAUAUCAAUAGCGAGGUCCCUCUUCCUCCACCAUCUGCUACUGUCGCUCCAACUCCUUCUACCGUUUCUUUUGCUCCCCUUGUUGAACCGUCCACUAGCAACAGCAGCCGGACGAGUCCUCCUCCCCCUCCGCCUGCUCCCACCCCUUCCGUUGAAGCGUCUCUAUUGAGCGCCUCUUCGUCCAGCGACAGGUUCUGGCGCACGCUCAUGAACGCGGCCGAGAACCUGCGAGCCCUCAGCAAUAUCGGUCGCACUCUGAACACCAAUCAAUCGCAGUCGUCUGGAACGGGAGAUCAAGGCUCGUCCAGGCCGAGUGGAGCUUCGCUGGAUCAAGAUGCCCGGAUGAGGAUUCAGCUCCUCAGUCGACACAUUGAGAAUAUGCAGCGCAUUUGCCGUUCUCACCUGGAAAUGACUCGGCACCGGCGUCAAGUCUAUCGACUCCAGCAAAUCCGGCGCAUCCUGGAGGAUCUUAGGGAACAAAUUCGUUACCUUCAAGUUUGCGUCAGAGACAGUAUUGACCUUGUCUCUCGACUGCGGACGAAUCCCGUCACUCCAACUGGAACGAGCGGCCCGUCCUCGUUGGUUGACCGCCCACACUCUAGUCAACGUCAAUCUACUGAUGCCCUUGCUGCUAAUCGUGAAGCAGGAGGGACAGCCGGGAGCAGCAACAGCGGCCCGAUCCUUGAAAGUGAUCUCCAGUUCAACAGUAGCGGACGAAUGGUCCUGGGAUCACGAGCUUAUUCGCCCGUUCAGUGCCGCCGAUUCGCCAAUUAUUUGUUUGGCCGUUUGCGUCGAAUUGGACUCCAACAUCACCGCGAUGAACCGAGACUCAGACGCAAUUUUGUUGCCGGAAGAGACACCAGAUAUCCCAUCCGGCGAUUGAGUCUUUAUCAGAGUGGUCCUAGUUCGCCCCCAGUCAAUCCGGUUGAACAAAUUGACCCGCAACCGGGAACUUCUCGUGAUUAUUCCAUGGAAAUUGAUUUGGCAUUCAAUGAAGUGAUGCCGAGUUUGGAUCGUGGAUCGAGUCAUUCGGUCGGCUGGAGAAGAUCUCGGUUCUCUCGGAUGACUCGUCGCAACAACUCACACAUCUCGCCUAGGAGCAACUCGCUACUUCACGCCCGCCAUUUGGGAAUCCAGCGAAGAAAACCUUCACUGCUCAACCGCAUUUUCCACGGGCGUACCCUUCAAAACCAAAUGAGAUCCCUGUCGACUCACCAUUCGACAUCGGAAGCCAGUGCUCCAGUCAAUCUGGAAACUGGACAACGUUCCGGCGAUCAGUCACUUCGUCCUUUGAUGGAGCGUCUAGAGUCGCAUUUCCGACUUCAGCGUCAGACAAUGGGCAUAUUGGCCCAGCUGAACGAAGCCGCUGUAGCCAACGGCAUUGGCACAACUACCGAUGGUUCCACGGCCGCUGGAGAAAGUUUGAUCGACGGCGGUGGUGCGUCCACGGCCAGUUUUAGUGAUAGCAGCGUAUCAUCCCGUGGUGGGCCGUGGGCCUCUAAUGUCCUGCACAGCAUCCGCCAUUGGCGAGCCAGAAGAGAUGCCUUUGAAAGAGCUCGUUCUUUCGAGUCCAGAUUAUCCUCGGGUGGCAGCUUGGAUCGUUUCCAACCACCCAGGCGGAUGGAUAGUAGCCUAAACAUUGGAUUUCCGCCACGUUAUCGCCCAUUUCGCCUUGUAGAAGAUGAAGACAGUUCCGAUACAGACACUGAUGUGACGGCCGAGUCCGCCGCAACGGCAGCGAAUCGUUGGCGACAGUCGAGUCCCAUUCGUUCACCCCGGGGUGUAGAGCAGCGAAUGAGGCUUUUGUGGAGAGAGUAUUUGUCUCAGGUAGUUAAUGUGCAGCUAAACAAUAUGGGUGAUGGAGGCGGAAGCAGCAACGCUCCCAGCUCUCAACAGCCAGGAGCGCCGGAUAGCGGAGGCGAUAACAACGACCAAGAACGAACUCGUUAUCGUCUUUGGCUUUCGACUAUGGUGGAAAGUCUCACCAGUUUCUUUUCCCAACACGGAAUCAAUUCAUCUGAUUCGGUCGAUGUGACUCCAGCACCUACUCCGCAACCACCAACAGCAACGACGACAACAUCGGUAGCCGGAAGCAGUCAGGCCAGACCAUUUCCAGGAAUUCCACCCAGACCUGGAACUUCAGCUGUUCCCCAGUCAUUCCCUUACGUUUCCCGUUUCUCCAACGCGAUGAGAGACGAAGGAUUCGUGGCUGCGGUAGAGGAAGGCCCCACUUCGCCGACUAUUGGCAGACCCCGAAAUGUCCCGCCACCUUGGAGAGUUUUCCCGCGUGUCGGACAUGUCAUGGGAGGAGGCGCUGGAGCUGCCGGAAUUGCUUUUGGGGGAGCCGAACAAGGACCAGGCCAACAGCGCUGGACUCUCCGCCGGAAUGCGGAAUCACAAGUGUCACUCAGCGCCCAUCUGACGUACCGCAUCCAGGCCUGGAAUUUCUGCGCCAAAGACGGAUGCAUUCCCGACAUCCGCGAUCCUUACGCCAACAUUGUCGUUCCCGAAAGCAAAAUCCACAAUGACGCCAGUGUCGAUGUUUCAGCUGACGGCCGGUUCCUCGUUACGCUCGUCCCUUGCACUUCACUCACUGGAGCUCUCAUUAGUCUGCAUAGUUUAGAACCGUCUCGGUUGGGCUUGUGCCUUGCACAAGUCAAUGUCGACCAGUUUGUCGUGUCCGUCAGCAUUUCACCAACUUGUCGCCAUCUUCUGCUGGGCUUGGCGAGUUCCCGCGCCCUGUCUGUGGCCAGUCGUGAUCAUGCUCUUCCAACACUCUGGGCCCAGGUGUAUCAGAUUCCUACCAAAGUCUUUCAAGCUCAGAGAAACAAUCCGUCAACUACGGCUGCUAAUGCUGCAACUGCUGCUGGCCAAAAUAGUGUCGGCGACCUUCCGGCUGACCAAAUGCAUCCGCUGUUAGAAAAGAAGCAGAGCAUUCCACCGCCACAAGGCAGUUUGCUCCACGUACGUGAUUUAAGUCAAACGACUGACGUUGGAUUGACAAGUCUCAAUUGCAUUCGCUGGAUUCCUACUGCUGGGCAGGGAUUUGUAUUGGGAACCAAUAAAGGUCAUCUCAAGGUGAUUGAUUGAGAUUCUGUUGGGAUUUUUAUUCGUUUUUUUUUUUCUUUAUUUUUUUUCAUGUGUAGAAGCUAUGAAAAUUGAAAAUACAUUUCCCAGACGCGUU